GUUUUUUAGAGUAUUCAAAUCCAUAAGCGUGCGCAGAAUUUCUGGCAGGGUAGUCAUACAUAAGUAUACAUAAGUACAUAACACAUUAACACACACACACAUAUUAUGUAUAUAUAAUAUUCAUAUUCACACCUAAGUUACAAAAACUAAUUUUGAUGGGGUAACCUCAUUUAACUACAUUUACCAUAGUGAAACAGUAUUUUAUGAUUGACUAUCAAUUAUCAUAAUAAUAAUAUUGAAUAUUGAAGGGGGCCAAAGGAGUUCACAGAGUAGUCAAGUGCCUACCAUGACUACCCCGUGCGUACGCUUAUGUUCAAAUCCAUUUCCUAGUCAUUAUAUUAUUAUAAUGGGAAUUUUAUUUAAUUUUUUUAUAUAGGUAAUUUUUUAUACUACCUACUAUACUGUAUAUUAUUAAUCAAUUAUGGUUUACCUAUUUUUAAUUUUCAUAGAUUUUUGUAACUUUAAAUUUUUUGGCUACGGGCUCUUACCAAUCGCCUAUUGGUAACAGUAGAUUUAUGGGUCUAUCCCAACCUUCUGUAUCCCGCUGUAUCAGUGAAGUUGUGACUGCAUUAAACCUGCCCGAAAUAUUUAAUGCUUGGGUUAAGUUUCCAAAAAAUAUAAAUGAACUCAAUGAUAUCCGUAAUGGUUUCUACAGGAAUACUGGAUUUCCUGGUGUUGUUGGGUGUAUUGAUUGUACACAUGUGGCAAUCACACCCCCUUCAACAAAUUUAAAUUUAAAUGAAAAUCAACAUCCCGAAUACAUAUAUGUUAACCGUAAGGGAUAUCAUUCAAUCAAUGUCCAAUUGAUUUGUGAUUCAAAUUUAAAAAUAUUGAAUGUCAACGCUUUAUUCCCUGGCAGUACUCACGAUACACAUGUGUGGAAUAACAGUAAAGUUUUACCAAUGGUACUUAUAACAAAAUAA